GAUUAAUAUCGUCGUCGGAGGUUUCUUGAGCUGAAGAAAACAUUCGUAGAUCUAUUUCCGCAUCUGCUUAAACACCUACAUCGUCGUAGAUCGCAAACCAUGGCCGUCGCUGUAGCUAAGCUUCUGAUCUCCGCCAUGGCGGUUUUCAUGCUUGUUUCUGCUUCGUUCGCGACCUCGGAAGUGCCGUUCAUGGUGGUUCACAAGAAAGCCACUCUCAACAGGCUCAAAUCUGGCGCCGAACGCGUCUCCGUUUCCUACGACAUCUAUAACCAAGGAUCCUCGUCGGCGUAUGAUGUGACUCUGACAGAUAAUAGCUGGGAUAAAAAGACUUUUGAAGUUGUUAAUGGAAACACUUCAAAAUCAUGGGAAAGACUUGAUGCAGGAGGUAUUCUGUCUCAUUCUAUCGAAUUGGAGGCCAAGGUUAAAGGAGUCUUCUACGGUGCUCCUGCUGUCGUUACUUUCCGCAUCCCCACUAAGCCAGCUCUUCAGGAAGCAUACUCAACUCCACUACUACCUCUAGAUAUCCUCGCAGACAAACCUCCAACGAAACCUUUGGACGUGGUAAAUUUGACCUUCUAAGGACUAUUCUUUCAAUCAUCUAGUCAGAGUUUUUUUCUUUUCUUCUCAAUAUUGACUUUCAUUGCUAUCUUCUGUUGUGUCUUGGAUGUUGCUCUUGAUGCUGCCAAAAUAAUCUCAGGCCAAGAGGUUGCUGGCGAAAUAUGGAUCACUCGUCUCCGUGAUCUCCAUGGUGGUUUGUUUCAUAUACUUGGUGGCAACACCUAAGUCCAACGUAUCAAAGGCAAGCAGCAAGAAGAAGCGUUAAGUUAGUGAAAUGAAAGGUGAGAAAGGUUGGUACGGUGCUGUUUUCUGUUUAACAGUUAAACACAGUUUCAAAACUUGUAAGAAUUAGAGAACACACUUUAAUUUUGGUGUUGCAGAGGACAUACUUCAAGUUCAAAGAGUUAUUUUGGUUUUACUUAAUCUCUUUGUGAGAGCAUAGUCAUGGAGUUCUCUUUUAUUUGGGUUAUGCCUUUUGCUUAUGGUUUUGGUAGCAUUAUCUUUUACACAUGUUGAUAAUCUUUGUUGUGUUAACUUGUGUUUGUUUCUGUCUAGUUUCAUUGCCUGUUCUGUUUGCUUUGUAGUCUGUUUAAUACCACAUUUUUAUUUGUUGUUGUUGUAGAGUCUAGUCUGGUUAUUGGUUAAGUAUUAUGAUUUCGCUUAGAAGUUUUUUUCUGUUUUGAUAAUUGCUAUGUUUUCUUUUGUUGAAGUUUGAAAAAGAGAUUCUUGCUUAAAAUUGAAAGAGCUGUUGGGAUGUAUAUGUUUGCUGUGUUGAUCCCAUUGAGAUUGCAUAAAUUGUUAUGUGCUUUAUCGUUCGUGAUUCCCUUAAAAGUUGGCAGAUGUGUGAUUCCCUUCAAUUUAAAGUUAGCAUGUUAUUAGUAUAAGCGGAGCAGAAGAGUAAGUUUGUUAUGCUACUAAAAGAAAGAAGACUAGGUUUGUUAAAAGGGAUGUGACUGGUCAGGUGUUUAAUUGGAUUUUGAGUCUGUUACAAACAACAUAUAGAAGAAUGUGUACUAAGUAGCUUAUAAACUUCUUUAACGCCUUUAUAUGGAACAUUUCUUAGAUAGCUUUUAAGGUGUUUUGUUUUUUGCUUCAGAAACCUGUAUAAAUUAAAAAAAUGAGGAAUAAUUUUGUUUAUAAGAUGCUUCGAAAACCUGGAUACUACUAUUACUUAUAAGAU